AUGAACGAUGAUGCUUCGCCCAGCUCCUCGGCGCGAGAUGAGACCUGGGACGACGAUGACGCCGCACGUUCGGCGCAACCGCAGGGCCGCCGUGCCAGCGCGGCGCAACAAGCUGAGCCACGUGCGCAGCCUGCAUCGCAGCAGCGACGGCCGACUUCGAAGAAAGACGUCAAGAAAAACUGCCCGGGUCUCAAGAAGAAGCUCGUCUUCCUCACGCACCUGCUCAAGUCGCUUGACCUCGUCGUCUUUGCCGAGUUGAGCGCCCUGUACUAUAUGGAAUGCUCCAUGUUUCGAUUCCUCCUACGAGCGCUUGGCCAAUACCUCUACCUAAGUCCCAAGGACGAAUCGUUUCCAGUCGCCUUGACAGCGACGCGCGUGCACGUACUCCUCGUUGUCGUGCCGAAUAUUAUAUGCAUGCUUUUUCAUCUUUUUACUGCCCUCCCAGUUGGACUAGACGACCAGCGUGGAUACCAACACGGCGGUCUUGUGAUUGACUUCAUUGGACAAAAGCCGUCCACGUCGAGAAUAUACUAUCUGCUGGCCGAUAUAUUUCUAUUAGUCUUGCAGUGUAUCAUGUUAACGAUACAUACCGAACGAGAGCAGAUGCGCGUUACUCUCAAGACAUUUCGUCCCCUCGCCGAGGAUCUGGCCCAGCAAGCUGCCGCUGGUCGAACCAUACGAGAGUUGGACGAGGAAGAGCGAGGCGUCUCCGCCCUGAUGGACGAGGAGGCAGGGGACGAGGCAGUCGAAGUCGAGAUGCGGCUCCUGAAUGAGGAUGCCGACGCGGGAAAUGAGGCCGGUCCCAGCAGCAGCAACAGAAAUGAUGAUACCGACAACACGACACACUUAUUCAAUGUCAUGAGCUCUGGCAAUGGCAUUUUGGGGCCUUACCAUGUGCUUCACACCAUACGGCAUACAGUCAUGGAUGUGCGAAGAACAGCAGCGCACUCUUUAACGAGCAUGGGAUACAAUGCGACGUUUGCGGCUAUACGGGCUAAUGCUCAACGGCGAGCUGUGUCCGAGCUUACUGCGACACCUGUAAAUGUAUAG